CGACGUUUUAUCGAUUGGCGUAGGAUUAGAAUUAUGGGAGGAUCAGGCGGUGCAGGAUGUGUUAGUUUCUUUCGUGCGGCUAACCUACCCAAAGGUGGUCCUGAUGGUGGUGAUGGCGGUGAUGGAGGAGAUGUAAUUUUCCAAGCCGAUCACGGUGUUAGAACUUUAGAGCCUAUUGGCAAUUUAUACAAAGGUAAGAAUGGUGGUCGUGGCACUAGCCGAUAUCGGAGAGGCCAUCGAGGAGAAAAUUUAAUUGUAAAAGUACCUCUGGGCACAGUCUUUAAAGAAGAUAGCGAAAUUAUAGCUGACCUAUGCAAGCAAGAUGAACUGUUUGUUGCCUGUAAGGGUGGAUCUGGUGGUAAUGGUAAUGUUUCUUUCGUCACACCCACUAAUCGAUUGCCGAGAGAGGCCACAGAGGGCACACCGGGAGAAGAAAGACUGUUAGAAGCGGAAAUGCAGACUAUUGCUGAUGUUGGCUUAGUGGGAUUCCCUAACGCUGGUAAAUCAACCUUAUUGCGAGCUUUAUCGCGUGCUAAGCCUGCUGUGGCAGCCUAUCCUUUCACAACUCGAAACCCACACGUAGGAGUUAUAGAAUACGAAGAUUAUAUGCAAAUUGCAGUUGCUGAUAUCCCCGGCUUAGUUGUCGGUGCUCAUAAAAAUGUAGGCCUUGGACAUUCAUUCUUGAGACAUAUCGAGAGGUGUCGCGGUUUACUAUACGUUAUUGAUGCUGCCGAUGACGAAUUAUGCAAUCAACUGGAGGCACUUCACUUUGAAUUAGAACAAUACCAAGAAGGUUUAUCAGCUAGAUCACCCGCCGUUGUUGCAAAUAAAAUUGAUUUACCUCAAGCUCAUGAAAAUAUUCAUCGUCUAAAACAAAUAACUCAAUUACAAGUGAUACCAGUAUCUGCCGAAUGUAAAGAAAAUAUUCCAACUUUGAAGGAAUUGAUACGAAAGUUACUAAACCGAUAA